GUGAUCUUGGAGGGGCGUGAGGAGGUUUAUGAGGCACUGCUGGGCAGCGGGUUGGGCUCAGUGUGACUGUGAGGCGAGCCGCGGAGUGGAUAGGUAGCGAGUGGUUAGCUACAGCGUUUUGAGCUCGAACACCCCCCAGCGCCAGGCCGAGCCACCAUGGCUGAUCAACUGACAGAAGAGCAGAUUGCAGAAUUCAAAGAAGCCUUUUCGCUAUUUGACAAGGAUGGUGAUGGUACUAUAACAACAAAGGAAUUGGGGACAGUGAUGAGGUCACUUGGCCAAAACCCCACAGAAGCUGAGUUACAGGAUAUGAUCAACGAAGUAGAUGCUGAUGGCAAUGGCACAAUUGACUUUCCAGAAUUUCUGACAAUGAUGGCAAGAAAAAUGAAAGAUACAGACAGUGAAGAAGAAAUUAGAGAAGCAUUCCGUGUGUUCGAUAAGGAUGGAAAUGGUUAUAUUAGUGCUGCAGAACUUCGCCAUGUGAUGACAAAUCUUGGAGAGAAGCUAACAGAUGAAGAAGUUGAUGAGAUGAUUAGGGAAGCAGACAUUGAUGGUGAUGGUCAAGUAAACUAUGAAGAGUUUGUACAAAUGAUGACAGCAAAGUGAAGAGAUUGUACAGAAUGUGUUAAAUUUCUUGUACAAAAUUGUUUAUUUGCCUUCUCUGUUUGUAACUUAUCUGUAAAAGGUUUUUCCCUUACUGUCAAAAGAAUAUGCAUGUAUAGUAAUUAGAAUUCCAUUCCUCCAUGUUUUUCUCCCUUUAUCUUACUGUCAUUGUUCUGAUAAUUUUUUGGAAAAUUGAUCAAAGUAACAAAUGUUGCAUGUGGCUUACUCUGGAUAUUUAAGCCCUUCUGCACAUCUAAAGUUAGUUGGAGUUGAUCAAAUGAGGGAACAUCUGGGUUAUGCCUGUUUAAAGUAGCUUUCUUUAGGAAACUUAGCAUGUUGAAAUGUGGAGCCUUAACUCUGCGUGGACUAUUGAUAGUUAACAAUAUGAAACUUAAAAGUUGCACUAUUGCAAAACGGGUGUAUUAUCCAGGUACUCGUACACUAUUUUUUGUACUACUGGUCCUGUACCGGAAAAAACAUUUUCUCCUGUUACUAUGCUUUUUAAACUUUGUUUAGCCACUUAUUUUCAAAAGAAUCUGCUUAUGGCACAGUUUGCCUCAAAUCCAUUCCAAGUUGUAUAUUUGUUUUCCAAUAAAAAAAAAUUUCAAUUUA